AUGUCGUCGCUGCAAAGAUUAGCCACCGGAUUUCCAAACUGUAAGACCCGUCAACAAUGGUUGGUGUACCAUUACCGUGGAUCCGGCGACCGACUGGUGUUGUACCCAAACGGAAAACUCAGACACUAUGUCCUCAAACACCAGCACGGCAGCACCGAAGAACAACAGCAGCAGAACCAUGACUUCAUCGUGGAUCACGAACGUUCCUUCGACUACGAACAAGGAUUUUACUGUUUGGACAAAGUCAUUGACAUCGAUCGUCCGGACAUGAACGCACAAGUGGCCGUAAUCUGUACGCCACAGAUACCGUCACCCUGGACGGACGCCGAUUUCGUCAUGCGAAGGAUCGUGAACCCUGCUUGCCAUGCCAUUGCGAUGGCUUGCUUGCUGCUCGUCGCCGUCGUCCAUUUCGUUUUGCCACAGCUCAGAGACUUGAUCGGAAAUAUGGUGACCACCCUAGCUGGCUGUAUGAUCGUAGCCCGGAUCGCCAACAUUGUCCGUAUAUUCGUCGAGUACAACGGUCCCGUCAGCUAUUUGACAGCCGACGCUUUUCUUUACACGUCCACGCUCGGCUCGUUCUUUUGGCUGAACGCGAUGGGUUACUACAUUUGGCGUACGUUCAAGUCACGUAACGUGUUCCUGCGCAUUACGGACGGACGCAAAUACUGUUAUUACUCGCUGUACGUGUGGGGUUGCACGUUAACCAUGGGCGGCAUGGCGCUUUUCGCACAUCUAAUAUUGGACUCACGUGACAGCAAUAGAAGCUAUUCGUCGCAUCCGUCUACGACCACAUCGAUAGAAGGAGCCAUAGGGUGGCUCGGAAUUGCCGUUAUAUUUGUCCCGGUCAUAUGCACGAUUCUAGUCAAUUUAUUCUUUUACAUUUCCACCAAGUCAGUGAUCAAACGGAUGUCGACAUACGGUCAAAUCCAUCACAAAAUGAAAUAUAGUUUCGACAUGUUUUCCAAACUGUUCGCGAUCAUGGUGAUUGAUCUGACGCUGUUCAUCUUGUCGUGGACUCAACACGAUUCGCUGUUCUACGUGCACGUUGUCUUCAAUCCCAUACAAGCUGCGCUGGUACUGUACGUGACCGUAAUCCGACCAAAACGAGUUAAGUUUCUGCUGCGCAAGGCCUGCUGCUACGAGCGGUGCAUUUUGCCGUGUUGCCGACCAAAGGAAACGGACGUACAAGCUGGCACUGAAUGGGGAGAGGAAAUGAUGGCGUUCAAUACCGCCGAUUAUUAG